AUGCAUCCUGCCAUGUAUGACGAUCAUAUUGCUCUUGGUCGCCAUGCUACAGGAAAAUCAAGAUGCAGUGAAAGGCUGCCUUCCUCUGUUAAAUCUCGGUCAUGCUCUUGCUGCAAUCCAUGUUCCCGCAAUAAAAAUGCAUUGGCUGGUUCACACAACAUGGUGGUAGAAAAAUGUCCUCAGGAGAAAACAACUCAAACACUAGAUAUUUUGACUGAAGAAACUAUCUCCGAAUCAUCUGAGGAUGAGUUUCUUCAAAAGCAAGUAUCUGUAGGCCCUGGUUUUCAAGCUGAAAUCCCGGAAUGGACUGGUGUAGUUUCUGAGAGUAACUCUAAAUGGUUGGGCACUCGAAAAUGGUCUUUGAAACCUGAUACAAAACCUGCUAAUGAAACAGAUGUUGGCCGGGGAAGACAAGGGAAGUGUAGCUGCGAACAUCAAGGUUCUGUUGCGUGUGUUAGAUUACAUAUUGCUGAAAAGAGGAUGAAAUUGAAGCUUGAAUUGGGCUCUGAAUUUUACCAUUGGGGAUUUGAUCGAAUGGGCGAGGAAGUUUCACUUCAGUGGACAGCUGAAGAAGAAAAGAGAUUUAAGGAUAUCAUGAGAUCAAGUACUCCCUCUAAAAUUAAAUAUUUUUGGAACAAUCCAUUCAAAUACUUUACAGACAGGACUAGAAAAAACGUGGUGAGCUAUUACUUCAAUGUAUUUCUCAUUCAACUAAGAACCUAUCAGAAUCGGACAACCCCAAAGAAUAUUGACAGCGAUGAUGAAGUAGAAUUUGGAAAUUUUAGCAAUGGUUUUGGAAUGGAAGCUGUCAAGGGUCCUGGUGAUGAUUUCAUGGAGUGUUCUCUGAGCAAGCAGUAUUCUGAAUUUUAA